ACGACGUGUCGUGCAACCAACAACGUUGGUGACACGCCAAAACAACAAACUGUCGUUUUUUCUGUUAUCUCCUCCACGCCAUACCAUGAAACACCAACCUAUAAUCCUUUCAUCUUCUUCUAUUCUCCCACCCAAACCACGAUGAUGCGCAACUUCAACCCCUCAAGAAGUACCCUUUCUCCCUCUAAUUAAGACGACGUAUUCCUAUCGUAUACACCACACCGUACGUAUUCGUAGAUGUCUUCCCAUUGGUGUCACCGGUGCAACAAAUUUGUCAGAGCAUGGCGACAAGAAAUGCCCGUUUGUCCCGAUUGCGACAGCGGAUUCGUCGAAGAGAUCGAACCUUCGAACCGGCCCGUCCACCACGUGGAAACUCGCCGCCGUAGGUUCCCGACAGCGGCGGCGAUGUACAUGAUGGGCCACCGUUCGGGUAACUCGGAUCACAACCCCCGUUACUCUAGCCGUCAGCAUUGCCGGAACGUUAUUGGAGACCGGUCACUGCUCAACCGGGUCAUCAUGCUCCAGAGCGAGGGGACAAGCCGCGACCGUGGCUCCGGUUUCGAGCUUUUCUUCGACGACGGAGCCGGUUCCGGUUUCCGACCUCUCCCUCCGAGGAUGUCGGAGUUUCUCCUCGGAACAGGGAUCGACCGUGUCAUGGACCAGCUUUCCCACGUGGAGUCAAACUCCGACGGCGGGAGGCACGACCAGCAGAGCCACGCGCCGGCGUCGAAAUCCGCCGUGGAGUCCCUACCGGCGAUUGAGAUAAACGCGACCCACACGGCGAUUGAAUCGCACUGCGCGGUUUGCAAGGAGCCUUUCGAGCUUUGCACCAUGGCAAAGGAAAUGCCAUGCAAACACAUAUACCACGCGGAAUGCAUACUACCGUGGCUCGCGAUUAAAAACUCGUGCCCCGUGUGCCGGCACGAGUUGCCAUGCGAGAACGCACGUGCGAGAUUGGAGCGCGUGGAGGAGGAGGAAGAGAACAACAACUUGGGGUUAACGAUCUGGAGGUUACCGGGUGGCGGUUUUGCGGUGGGGAGAUUCGGAAGAAGAGAGGGUGAGAGAGAGGUUAACGUUCCUCUUGUGUACACGGAAGUGGAUGGUGGGCUUAACUUCAACAACGUUCUUGUGGGGGAACCGAGGAGGGUUUCGUGGUCGGUGUUGGAAUCUAGCGGGAGCAGAAGAGGUGGCGCGUUUAGGAGAAUGUUUAACCAUUUGUUUAGUUGCCUGAGAGGUGGUGGGGUUGGGCCUAAUCGUUCUUCUUCUUCAAGCACUGUGAGGAGUAAUAGUUUUAGGGCUUCUACUCGUCAAAGCGUGGGUCCCUCUCCACCUUCUUCGCGUAGGACUUGGUCUAUGGAUGUCAACGGGGGAACCAGACCAUGGUAAUAAUAAUUAUGUAACAUCAAUUGGUAUAUUAUGUAUGGAUAAUGAUUUCGGAUAUAUAGUUUGUAAUUAAUGAUCUGAAGCGCCUUCAUCAUGCAUGUUGUUCUCAUAUAUGCUUUUCUCUUACUUGUCACUUGUAAAUUAGGUUUGGUUAGCUUUGGUGUUUGUCUUGUAAAUUCGUGUCCUUGUCAAGGCUUGUUUCAUUUCUAGCUCUACACGUUCAAAUCUGCAUGGCAAUUAAACACAGGCACGCAUGCAUUAAUCAGUUUGAUUGUCUUGCUAAUUCGUGUUCCUCGUCAUUGUUUUCCUCUAAAAAUCUGCAUCGAUCAUAAGGCAUGGAUACUGCCUUGAUCAAUUUACAUGGAAAAAGGAGGAUU